AAUAUAUAAAGAGGAUACAAUCGACAAACAAUCAGUUGUUCGACCACCACGAGGAUUACAAGUGAGAAAUCCACGUUCCAAGAAGCCACGAUGAAAUCGGCAUUUGCGAUUGUUUUGGCCACGAUCUUCGUCGUCUUCGUUUCCGCCCAUCCGCCACCCAAGUGUCCGGAAGAGAACGGAGAAGAUGUCGUUCUGUUGCCAAACCCACAUAACUGCUCAACCUAUUACUCCUGCAACGGAGGCAUACCGUUCUUAAUGCAAUGCAACGAAGGACUUCUGUAUAAUGAAGACUUACGAGUUUGCGAUUAUCCAGAAAAUGUGAAAUGUGCGGCAAGUCCAUCUUCUCCUCAUCCACAACCACCCAACACGUCUGGACCACAAACCACGGGAACUCGGCCACCAUCCAGCUCGCCUCGUCCAUCUGUUGUACCAUCAGGCUGUAGCAGUGAUGUCUCAACAGCAGGAGCUGAAUAAUUGGUUCGUCCAUAUCAAUUUCGAUUUAUGUGGAUAACCUACUGCAGGCACAUACGUUGAAAAGUAACCCUGGUUUCGUUAUAUGACACAACUUAUUGAGAUCCCAAUUAUACCGGGUGUCUUGGAACAAGUGUGCAGAACCGAGAGAUCGUUGAACAAUUAGUAUUCAGCAUAGAGCACGUGCUUAUUUAAUAUUUUUCUUGCAGAAUAUCGCUCAACCUUUUGAAGUUGUGUACGUAACAAGACAUCUUAUGUCAUUAUGUAUUAUCAAUAUUACGGAUUAUUAUGCUUCUAUGUAUUGAGUAUUGCAGAUUAUUAAUAAAUCUAACAGAACUGCUGCAAAUCGGCUGUGUCUUUAGUUUAACUUUUCUAUAGUGUAUCGUCUU